AUGGUCAUGAUGGAUUGGAACAUCGUGGCACCACUCAACGGAGAAUGGACCCUAGAUUGUCCCCCAGAUACCAGUUCCAACUCGGUGGGACCAGCUAGCGAGAACAGCACGAGGAAACAGCCCCGGGUUGCCUUGGCCUGCAAGCGUUGCAAGCGGAGGAAGCAGAGGUGCGAUGGCGCUCAUCCAGUGUGCAGGUCAUGCGAAAAGGCAAAAGUCCCUUGUAUAUACGAACGUCCCGUGCGACCUCAGUAUCCAGGGGGAAAGUCACUAUACAUUGCAGCACUAGAAGAGCGGAUCGCCUUUCUCGAAUCCCGCCUGCCCGGUUUCGCAGAAGACCAUUUCGUCGCUGCUCCACAAGCUCCAGCCUCCCAGGCGGAUCAAAACCCGCCACCUCAUGCGGGCUCGACGAUCAGUCCGAUAACCGUGCCGGAUCGUGGCGUCGAAGACGGCCAAGAAAGGGGGCCCGAAUCUCCAGCGUUUCGGCGCAGGAGCCGACAGGAUCCACUCAUCGGCUCCUUUUCAGACGCCGAGUCUUCUUCGCUGGUGGAUGGGGUGGCAUAUCUGUCACUCCGGGCCUCCGGGAGCGGCGAUGGCGACACGGAGCCGUGCUAUCUAGGCUCCACCUCGGGCGCCACCAUCGCGCGGAUGCUGCAGGCGUCCAUCUUCGACAGCUCCAGGGGCAGACAGGCCAUCUUCGGCACGGGCGAGUACCCGGUGGCUGCGGAUGAUGACCAGACCGCUGCGGCGCCAAGCCCCACCAGCCAUGCGUCGGUAGUGAUGGGGACGGCAGCGGCUUUUCCCGGUCGUGAGGCGGCGAGGAUGCUGUUCGACGUCUUCUUCGACAGGCUCCAUACGCACUGGCCGAUCCUGGACCGGAGACUGUACAGCCACCUCUUCGAGAAGCAGUACGAGCAAGGGGAGCUCUCGAUCCAGCAGCGCGGCGUCCUUCACCUGAUCUACGCCAUCUCGUCCCGCUUCCUGCAGCUGACCAACAGGCCGAGCGGCGUGCACCCGGAGACGCACCUCAAGGCCGCCAUCCAGCACAUGGACUUCAUCCUAGAGCAGCACAACCUCGGAACCGUGCAGUUCCUCCUCCUGCUCGCCCUGCACGGCCAGAGAUCGCCGUACGGGGCCGGGUCCUGGUCGCAGGUCCGACACGCAGUGACGCUGUGCAUAGAGCUGGGGUUCCACCGGCGCCGGCGAACCGCGGCGUCGCCCAACGGCAGCCCCAGGGCGGUGGAGAUGCGGUGCCGCGUGUUUUGGGCCGCCUACUGCCUCGACCGGCUGACCAGCGGCGUGCUCGGGCGCCCGUUUGCCAUCGACGACAGGGAGAUUGACGCCGAGCUGCCGAGCCCAGACCCGGACCUGCGCGACCUGACCGCCACGCCGUCCGGCACCUCGGCGCUCAGCUGGUCCAACGUGCUGCCCUUCAUCCACAUCGUCAAGCUGCACCGCAUCCAGUCCCGCAUCCACAGCCGCAUCUACCGCGUCAACCGCCACGAGGCCCCAGCCCCGGCAGACCUCGACGCCGAGGUGUCGUCGCUGCAGGGCGAGCUUGACGAGUGGCGGGUCGGGGUGCCUCGGACGCCGCCGAAGCGCAGCGCAGGGGACGGGUCUUCGCCCGGGUGGAUGUACGACCCGGAGAGCCAGCACCACGACAGCCGGGACUUCUUCGAGCUGCAGUACCACAAGUCGGUGCUGCUGCUGCUGACGGCGCUGCUGCCGACGCUGGACCCGCACGCCGACGCCCGCUUCCGCACCGUGGCCCAGUCGGCCGCCAGUGUGUGCGCCGCCUACCGCCGCCUGGAGCGCCAGCGCACGUUGAGCUACACCAUGCUGGCCCUGCACUCGUGCUUCGUCGCCGGCCUGACCCUGGUGUACUGCCUCUGGCGGGGCGGCCGCCGCCUGCUCGGCUACGAGGCCCUCGAGGCCACGCGCGCCUGCUCCCAGAGCCUAGCCAUCUUUGGCGAGAAGUGGCCCGGCGCCGUCAAGUACAGGGACGUAUUUGAUGCCCUGUCGGGGAGCCUGCUGCGGGUCAUGAUGACGGAUGAAGGAGGUUUUGGUGGUGGUGGAGGUGGAGGUGGAGGAGGUGGAGGAGGAAAAGGAGGAGGAGAGAGGCUGCGGCUGGAUUCGAGAGAUUUGUGCUUGCCAGAAGACGAGGUUGUGGGUAUGGACAGCGUGCUGUCGGAUGCGGUGCGGAAUGCCUUUAUGGAGGUUGACGAGGAGGCACCGGGCGGGGCCGAGGUGUGGCAGAUGUUUAACGAGAUGGUUCAGGGGGACUGA